AUGGCGGCCCAAAUCUUCAGAACACUCACUGCCAAACCCCACGUCGCGUCCACCCUUCUACGCCGCACCGCCACCACCUCAGCCCAGUAUGUAGCCUCCAGAGCCCGAGACCCCACCUUCGAAAAGCUCAUGGAGAAAUACAAGAUCCUCCUCAAAGCGAUCGCGAUCCAGGACCUCAUUCUCGCCUCAACCUCCAACCCACCCUCCGUUUCCCUCGACUUCCUCCAUCGUCUCUCCCAGAAACUUCACCUUAACCGGGGCCCAGCCGCCUUCCUCCGCAAGUACCCCCACAUUUUCCACAUUUUUCCCAACCCCGAAAAACUCCAGCCUUUCUGCUCCCUCACUCCCGCUGCUCUACAAGUCAUCCGUCAAGAGUCUGAUGCUAUUGAGGACUCACUGCCACUUGUCGUCACCAGAUUGGUAAAGCUUCUCUCCAUGUCAAUGACCAAAAAGCUGCCUCUUCGAGCCGUUUUUAAGGUAUGGAGAGAAUUGGGCCUCCCCGAUGACUUUGAGGACUCUGUUAUUGCAAAAAAUUCUGACCUCUUUUCGCUUGCUGAUGGAAAUGAGCCGAAUACUCAUGUUUUAAGGCUCAAUUCUAGUGAAGUUCCAAAGGAUUGUUUUGUUCCCACUGUCGAAAAAUGGAGGGUUGAAGAAUGUUGUAAAGAGGAUUGUCGUGUGGAUAGGACUGAAUUGAAGUAUAGUUUUAAACAUGCGUUUCCACCAGGGAUGCGUUUGACAAAGAAUUUUAAGGCGAAAGUAAAGGAAUGGCAGAACUUACCAUAUAUUGGGCCAUAUGAGGAAAUGGGUUUGGUGGAGACAAAGAGGAGUAAGAGUGGAAUGAUGAGAAUGGAAAAGCGGGCAGUGGGGAUUGUUCAUGAGUUCUUGAGCUUGACUGUGGAGAAGAUGGUGGAGGUAGAGAAGAUUAGUCAUUUUAGGAAAUGGUUUGGAAUUGAUUUGAAUAUUAGGGAUUUGUUUCUGGAUCAUCCCGGGAUGUUCUAUUUGUCGACCAAAGGGAAGAGGCACACGGUGUUUCUGAGGGAGGCAUAUGAGAGGGGAUGCUUGGUUGAGCCAAAUCCAGUUUAUGAGGCUCGGAGGAAGCUUCUUUAUCUUGUUGCUUUAGAGUGUCGUGGCUUGGACAGAGGCAUUGAUGAGUUGAAGAUUGUGGAGAGUGACGAAAACAGAGUGAAAGAAGUGAAGAAUGAUUGA